AUGGAAGAAACAACCAUGUUCCAAGAAAAGCUGCGAUGCGAUAUAUCAGAAGUAAAAGCGAAAGGAUGUUACAACUGCGAACAAGGAAUGGCAGUAGAAUUUAACUGCAAAGCAAACAGUAAAAUGACCGUCGCAGUCCGAUGUGGUUCACAGUUAUCCACAGCAGUGUGCGACUACACGAACCCAAAGACGAACACCUUGGUUUACGCCGAGGAACCAAAUGUCAAUAUGAACUGCACAGCAUAUUGUUUGGAAGAAACAGUGUUUUGGAUCAAAACAACAUUGAAAUAUCUACCUUCACACGUAGAAUACCUCCAACUGACUAAAUCUACCAAGAACGUGGUAAAAAAUUGGAUUUCUAACGGAUGGGAUUUCGAAUUUCCUCAUUUAGGCCCCUUACUCAAAAAAAUGUGGUACCAUUGGGAGAUAACCAUCAGUUCAAUAGUUGGUGGAAUAUUUAUAGCGUUAUUGUUAAUCAAUUUGAUACCUAAGC